AUGCAGAGUGCAGGCUUCUCUAAUGCAAGCUCCCAGAUUAGGAAUGAUUCCUUGUCUCACUUCUCAAAUGUGACUACUGCCACCCCAGCCAAGAGAAUCACAUUUUAUAAAAGUGGAGACAGCCAAUUCAGUGGCAUUAGGAUGCCUAUUCAUAAGCGAAGCUUCAAAUGCUUUGAUUCCUUGUUGGAUGAUCUUUCGCAAAAAAUGACUUUGCCAUUUGGUGUACGGAUGAUUACUACACCCAGAGGAACUCACACUAUUCAGAAUCUGGAAGAGUUACAGGAUGGGGCCUGCUACCUGUGCUCUGAUCGCCAAUUUGUUAAACCAAUCGAUAUGGAAGUUGCAGGGAAACGGCCUGCUUCCUGGCACAACAGCUAUCCAAUAAACAUCCCAAAAAAGCCUUCCCGACCUGAAGAGCCACCUACAGGACAUUCCGGCCAUCGCUAUCAUCGACAACCAAAGAAGAUUGUUUUAGUGAAAAACAAUGAUCCUUCAGUGAGAAGGUCUAUCUUUUUUAACAAAAGGAGGGUUCGCAGUCUUCGUGUCUUUAUGGAUGAGAUUUCAGAACUCAUGCAGUGCCAUAUUAGAAAGCUAUACACCUUGGAAGGACGGAAGAUUGAUAGUAUGCAAAGCCUGAUGCAAUGUCCCAAUGUGCUGGUGUGUGUGGGCCGAGAACCUUUCAAGCACCUACUUCUGGAGAAUCUGAGAAAGAGCUCAGAGGAAAAGUUGCCUGGGAUAGGUGCAAGGUCGCACUCCAGCAUCUACAGUGAGGGCCAUGACAGCAAGAAAAAUGUGAACUUUGGACUUGAGACCAAGAAAAGUAUCAUCCAUCCAAGGUCAGAUUCAAGUAACAAAUCGGCAAGAUUCUCCCUUUCAUCGGAAAAAUCUUACCCAAAUGGAUCAAGCGCGACACCAGGACAGCUAGGCUGUGUUACAAAGGAAGUUGUAAUGAACGAUGAUGUUGAAAAAAGAGUUCUCGUCAACAAAGAUGGCAGUCUUUCUGUAGAAAUGAAAGUCCGGUUCCGUCUAGUCAAUGAUGAAACUCUUCAGUGGUCCACUGAAAUCAAAAAGUUGCCAAUAUCUACAAAUGACUGUAGGUCUAUACAGGAAGGAGACCCUCAGUGUCUAACUAGCAAAGUUGUCUACUCUGAGCCGGAGUUCAAUGCUGAAUGUGAAACUGAGGAGGCCGGUUCACUAAUGGACUUUACAGAAUCCCACUGUCAAAGUUGUUGCAACCAUGGUCAAGGGCAUGACAUUUGGAAAAACCCCUUACACAUGGAUGAUAAAAGCAGUGGAACCAUAAGUACAUCUAAUUGUGCUGAAUCAUCUGAAAGAGUUAUGCACCAAAAGGAAUCUGUGGACAGUAUGUAUACAGUUUCCAGGUCGAGUGAGGAAUAUACUGAACAUGUGGUAGAGAAGGCAUCUUGCUUCCAACAGACUAUUGAGAAGAGGGACACAAGGAUUGAAUAUUGCUCGAUAAGUCGGUGUUGCAGUCAGAGUGAGGCAUCUACCAGCGCCACAAAGUGCAAUGCACCUACUGACACAUUUGAUAAGAAUACUGGGAAAAUAUGUGACCAUAAUGAUAACAGAAAAACAGAUUAUGCAAAAUUCGAGGAUUUGAGCAAAGUCACAAAAGUAGAAGAACAUUUGAUUUCUUCAACCACUAAUUCAUCCAUCAUCCAGCCAUUCAAAAAUGAUGAGGAGAAUGAUUAUAAUGAUCUUACCCCUUGUGUAUUAAAAGCAUCUCAGUGGUGUUCUGAACAGAAUAAACCAUUUGCAUUUGUACAUUCCUAUGGCAGUCAAUGUUCGCAAAAUUUACAUUCAUCCAGCAUACAACAUAAAGUCUCUAGCUGCUCGGCUGAUUUAUUAAAAUCCAAAAUGUCCAAAACCAUGUAUGCAGCUCUAGAGGUACACCGAGACGGUCUUGCAGACACUGAUAGUAUGGACAGUCCCAGAUCUUCAGUUUCAAAAGUGUCCUCAAUGUCUCAGUGUUGCUGCUGCAGCGAGCACAGAGAAGCAACAAGAAGCUUGGUAGAAUCUCAUAUGAGAAGGUGCGUAAAGGAAACGGUCCAGAAUUCAAUACCCAAUGACAUCAAAGUGUCUAAUAAACCUAAAGCAAGAACAAAUUCCCCAAGGACAGUGAAGUCAGACAGCGGUGUCCAGAAAGCAAGCCAGCAGGAAACAGUAAGUGGGAAUAGAUGUGUCAUGUCAGCAAUGUCCACGAUAUGCCCUUGUUGUGGUGGAUGUGGAAGAUUGCUACCAACAAUACCAGCAGAUGUCCAUGAUACACCAGAUCAAGUAUCUGAGGAAGACAGUGAGGAUAAGUCACUUGGUCACAGAUCAUUUAAGUCACCUGGGUCAAAGAGAUUUAGUAAGUGUACACAUUGUGCCCCAGACAGAGAUUUGCCUUUUUCGAACAUACUUGAGAAUAUUGAACCUGUUCAAAAUAAUACAGCAGAGGUAGAGGUCAGGCAUGCUUGCCAGUGUGCAAUGUUUGAUUUAUCAAAUAAUGCUGCUGCUUCAAAACAAUCCAAUAAAUCGAACCAGCAUGCAUGUGGGAGGGCAUCUUCUGUAGAAAUGGAUUCUGAGACUGCUGGAGUGGAAGAUGUUGAAGGCAAGACCAAAAGUGCCAUGUCAAUAGAACCAGUUGAGUCUGCGAAGACAGAUAAUGAUAUAGCAGAUAAACUAACAACAUAUGGACAGAAGAGUCAAAUUGCUAAAGAAAUUAACACUAAAAAAAGAAUGUCUAGUGCAAUGUCAACUAAACCACACUCUUCUAAAGAUCCGGACAAAUCCCACAAAUCAGACAUCAUCUGUAACACUACAGCUGCAUCACCACCAACUUCUAUGGCUUCUCUAUCACCUGAAAUGAGAAAAAUAUCUCAAGUAUUAAGCACACCUAAAUCACCAGUUAAAAUGGAGAAUAGUAAUCAGGCUUUAAGUGUAAAAUCUGGUAAAUCUUCAAAAUCAACAAGAUCUAACAAACGUCACUGCUUUUGUUCAAGAGAUGUUCAAGGAGUGGCAAGUAGUCACUCUACAAAAUCUCUCACUCCAGCUUCACAUGGGCAGCUAGAUGAACCAUUAAGUCCGACAUUAACAGCUUCUGCCUCUCUUGGCCUUAGUGCAGAAGAGCAGUCCGAGGACCUCAAUGAACAAUCCAUGAUUAAUACAUCACAAAUCUUUGAUGAGCCUAAAUGCUUGUUAGACAAAUAUACCCCGGAACACUCUGCCUUAGAGCAUGCUAUUAACAAUUCGGCAAAAACAGAAACCAGGGAGAGGGUCAAAACAGCUGUGUCUACAAAUUCUACAGUUUCAGAUCAAACAAAAUUGUCUCAUUGUAUGGAAGACUCAUGGAAAAAUCCUGAAGAUAUAUCUCUAGCUGAAUCUGAAACCAUCAUAUCAGUGAAAUCAACGACUGAAAACAGAGUAGGAGUCCAGCUUUUAGAAAAUGAUCAUAGAGUGCCAUCUGCAUUGUCUGUGCCAUCAGGGAAAUCACAAGAGAACUCAACCAGUAAAAACACUUCAACCAUAGAAAGAUGUACACGUGGUACUCAAGCAAUCAUUAAAAAUAUGGAUAAGGGUAAAACAAACAAAGCUUUAGGCAUCAAGUCAAAGUCAAAAUCAAGUCAAAAUAAAAUACCCCAUGUGAAGGCUACAGCCCAUAUGGCUGCAAUAUCUAAGGAUCAAUCUAAUACAAAGUGCAAGAACAGAUCCCAAUCUAACUUUCAAAUAAAAGAAGACAGGAAAGCUCAGUCUAACAGUUCCACUAGUAUGAUUUCUUUAAAAACACCAAAAUCAGAAAAGAAACUUCUACCCAGGAAUAAAUAUGUCACUAAUUCUAACAUAUCACAAAACUGUGACACUCCAGAUUCUAAAUGGAAAUGUUGCACAGCUUUGCCUCACAGUCCAGAUCUACUAAGGAAAAAGGAUACAGAUGCAAGAACAUCAGACAAAAACUAUGUUCUUGAAGAGAUGCAGCAUAUUCACAGCAACUGUAAAACUAGCAGCAGCUUUAAACCAAGAAAUAAUAGCACUGCAUCACUGAACAAAGCUGAGGACAAUGAUGAACCACUAAUGCCAUCUUGUUUACCUAAUGCAUCUCCUACGGAUGUUGUUAAUUACUGGCUUAAAAACAUACCAAUUGUUCGUCCUUUAUAUCAAAUGGACGAUGAAUUCUGUGAGCAACAUGAUGAAACUCUCCCCCAUAUGCCUGCUGUGAAAGAAGAAGGAUGUUUUCAAAAUGAAACUGGAGAACAGUCUGAAAAGCCACUGGAAAUGAGAGACUCACAAGAAUUAGGUGGGCCUGAAGGUGCGGAUCCUGUUAUAGAAGAUAAAAAUACCAUUUGUUAUGCAAAACUGCCAUGUAAUGAGACAUUUCAAACAAUUGUAGGCAACAGUGAUUACAGUCAUCUCAGUGCAAAAAUAACUAAGAGAGAGAGUUUGGCAAACAAUUGUCAGUCCUCUAUACAGGUCAUGAAGGUCCUCUUAAGCCCAAAACUGGACAGAUGCAAUAGUCUGCCUGAGAUUUCACCAACAUAUGGGAUAAAACUAAGCACUUCAGCUAAAGGACUACUAGACUGCCUUGCAAAUUUACAAGUGUUUGACCCAGAUCCAAAGAUCUAUGACAAAUACAGUGAAAUAAUAAGCACACUCCAAUCGCUAUGGAGUAACAGGCCCUGUGAAACUGUGCAAGACAAGCAUAAAACAAAAGUUUAUUCAGCAGAAGAUGAGUUUAACCCAAGGUCUUCAUCAGGGGUAGAUUUAAGCAGUGGCUCAAUAGGGUCUGGAAAAGGAAGCAUUAAUGGUGGAUUUGCAAAAUCUGACACAGCACCAGGCAGAACAACAAUAAUAGCUAAACCGAAGGCCUUCCCACAGAUCCAAGAAGAUGCUAUUAUGAGGAGUGGUUGUGAUUCUUUAACUGCUAUGCCAGAAAACAUAAAUACUUUCAUUGUCUCUUCCAAUCCUAUAACUCCAGACAUUGCUGAGAGGGUCCGAUGCAGUCCCGAACAUGAAAAACUAAACGAGGAAGCACAAGAAGAUGAAGGCCUUAAAGCCACUGAUGAUGUCAUUCAGACUCCUGAACCUAUAAAAGAUAUUAAGGUAAUAGCUUUAACAUUCUCUCAAAAUGAUGGAAAUGUUAAAGCAGCGGCAGACAAAGAGACAAAUCCACCAGAAAAUAGCAAAUUAAGAACACCAUCAUCUGAUCAGAGAAGUCAAUUAACCAAGAGAAUUUCACAAGACCCAGAUCCAGUAUGGGUUUUGAGCUUGUUAAAGAAACUAGAAAAGCAAUUUAUGUCUCACUAUGCAAAUGCAAUAUCAGAGUUCAAAGUAAAGUGGGAUUUAAAUGACAAUGAGAUGCUUGAUAUAAUGAUUAGUGAACUAAAAGAAGAAGUCCAUAAAAGAAUUCAGUCUACUAUUAGUCGAGAGCUCCAGAAAAUCCAAAGUCGAGCUGGAAGAACACCAAGACCACCAAUAAGCAUCCUUUCUAGAGAUUCUACUAUGCAAACUGAGCAACGGCGGAGACGUCUUAAAGUGAUGCAGAAUAAACUUAUGACCCCUUCAAGAAGUGAUGAAAUAAACACUGCUUCAGGUACUGAAAUCAGCGACCAGCGCAGUGAAGAUGAAUACUGUCCAUGUGACACAUGUAUGAAAAAGAAAAUGCCAUCUAGAGUUAUCCAGUGUGCUGAAGCUGUGAGCAUGGCUCCAGUAGUGAAGGAUUAUGAUCUUAGGCAAAUCUUGCAAGCGAAGAAGGAUUCUUCUGUUACUCUGCCAAUGCAGUCCAAGUUAGAUGUAGAAAAACAUCAGAUUGGGGGUAGUGACAGUAGCAAUUCGCAAGGUAAAAAUCCUUUAAUGAUGGUUAAAGACGUGGUCAUAACAGAGCAUGGAGUUUAUGCCUGUGGAAACCCGGACAAACAUGUAGGGCUAAUAAAUGAUGCAGGAUUGAGGACAGUAAAAAAAGGAUUAUCUCGUGAGGAGGAUUAUGGGCAGCCAGAGAAAGAGAAAGUGUUUGAUAAUAGAGUUGAUGAAGCAGAUAAUGGAAGAAGCAAAACAGAGCAGGAAAGGCAUAAAGUGGAAGAGGGCACAGAUAAGAAGAAUGAGGAAGAGGCAGAAGAGGAUUCAGAGGGAGAUAUAGCAAUUGAAAAUCCACCCAAUGAGCUGUAUGCAAAAAGAAAAGAAAAAGAAAGCAGUAAAACUGAAGCAGGAGAAGGGAAUCCAGUGGAGGAAAAAGAAUCAAAUGAUGAAAGACCUGAAGAGGAGCUGUCUGCAGGGGAAGCAAAUAAAAAGAGUGAAACUCUCGAAGCUGAGGAGGAGGAAAAAGACAGGAUUGAAAAAAAAGCAGAGACACCAGAAGAGGGUAAAGAAUCAGAAAAUAGAACAGGAGAGGAAACUAAAUCAGUCAAAGAAGCCAAGACCUUCGAGGAUGAAUCAGAAGAAGCUGAGAAUAGUAAUGUGACAAGUGAUGAAGAAACACAAGAUGAUGCACCUGCUGCUGCACCUGAAGCUAAGCCUGGAAAUAAUAAAAUAACUAAAGUCAUAGAAGGUGAAAGAACAGAAGAAUUUGGUGCCACACAAAAGAGUGAAGCUAAUACGACCCCUGAAAAUAGUGCAGGUGAAAUUCAGAGUGACUCUACUGAGGCAGAAAAUGAAGUUGGAAAGGAGUCACAUGAGAACAAGGGAAAGAUGUAUACUCAGAAGCCAAGCAAAAAAAAAGAUAGUAUAUCAGCAGCAGGACAGCUGGUCUCUGAGGAGGAGGAGGAGGAGGAGGAGAAGGAUGAGCAGGCAGACUGCAGAAGUGUUAAAAGGAUUCAGACUGAUAUGAGAGCAAGGAGUAUUGAGAACCAAGCAGAGGAUCCUGGUAAUCAAAGUCGUGUCUAUGGUGAUGAGUCUGACUGUAACCUUAUUAAACAGAGAACAAAAACAUCAAUUGAAUCCCAGACAGGAUCAUUGGAACAUUUCAAGGAUUUGACAAUGAAAGAAAAGCUACAAGAUAUUCAGAGUUUUAUGGAAAGUUUAAGUGAUCAAGAUUUAUAGGUUCCCUUUUUAUGGAACAUUUGGAUAAAUUGGACAUUUGGACACUUUUUUUUUUGUCCCUAAAAUCAAAUGAAAUCCAAGAUAAUGUGAAUGAUCUGCACAUUAUUUUUUUUUAUGAAUAUCUCUGCAUUGAGACAACUGAUAUUUUAAUGUUGAUUUCAGAAACAAAGAAAAUAAUACCUUAACUGAAACACAUAUAUCCUUUUAAGUGCAUACAGAGUUUAGUCAGGAGUGAUUAUUUCAGACAACAUACAAACAUUUUACAGCAGCUCAAACUAGAAAUAAAUUGUCAUACUGUAUAUUUUACAACAUAGUACAUUUCAUAGACAUGUGUAAAUAUUAAUGUACAUUUUAAUGACAUUUUUAACGUAACAUGAAAUUUCAUGAAAAAAAAUCUGGAGAGAUGUUCUGUAUAAUAAUAUACAUAUUAAUGUUAAAAAUAAUGAGACAGUAAGAACUAACAAGGGAAACUGACACUUUAGACUAAGAGGUUUGAGUACAAAAGACAAAAUGAGCAAUGUUAAUCCUUAUUAUGUAAUGUGUUUUUUUUUUGUGGCUAAGACUUUUUGAUGCUCCUUACCGGUUGGCUGGAUACUGUAUUUUACACAUUUAACCUUGUUUGUAAUGCAUGGCACAUCAAAGACUAGAAUAUUGUCAUUGUAUGGUACAGUGAAUAAACUAUACAACUAAACAAAUUGAACUUGAAUGAAGUAAACCUCACAACAUAUAUGUGCGGCAUAGCCUUUGUUCAAUAGUUCUUAUGUCAUGAUCAUCCCAUCCCAUUGCGUAUGCAGGUUUAAAUGCUUUUAGACUUAAAGAAAGGCUAACUUGCACGAUUCAUUCUGUCUAAAGACGAGAAGUGUACUUAGAUUGAUGUGACUAUCUAAGUUAAUUAAACAGAUUAGUCACAAGGACCCUGUUGAAUAACAUGUAGAGGUAGAUGCUCAAUGUGCCCUUAAGAGGAAAAUUAUUUUGUUUUCUGGCUUGUUGCUUUACAACAGCUACUACGGAUCAGUUGAACAUGACCAAUAAAAGGUUUUGUUUACUUUUUUUGUUUGUUGCAGAAAUGACAUUUGUGUCAGUUGCUGCA